AGAAUCAAGACCUGUUAUGUAUCCUUGUCGUUUAGCUGCUGAUAUAAUUUGAUUAUAACAAGGGAUAUGGGUAAAGUACUUUAUACUAAGUGUAGCAUGUUGCUGGCGAUGAUUCUUGUGAUGUCUGUCAUUGUCAGCAGUAAAGUUGUUAAACACUUGAAGAAAAAUAAGGAUCACCAUUAUGGAAAGAAUCAUCGAAAAGAUGCUGUCAGGUUCACGAUGAGUGUUACGGGGAUUGGAAAGAAUGCAGACCUAAAUCAAACUUAUACGAUUACAAACUAUCUGGAGAACAUCCUCAAUGCAAUAUCACGUGCAGUCACAAUCCUAAAAAUACAGAAUGUGAACGAGCCGUCUGUAUCUGCGAUAAGCUUGCAGCAGAAUGCUUUGCGAAAAGUCAUUACAACCCUGAGCAUAAAAAGCCAACCUUCAACUUUCUGGGAUGGUAAUUGCUUGAAACACCUGUAAUAAUCAAAUCAACAUGUAAAAUAAAUAUGUUGGAGGAAAAAAAAAAAAAAAAAAAAAAAAAAAAAAAAAAAANAAAAAAAAAAAAAAAAAAAAAAAAACCAACAACAACAGAGAUUAAACAGCUGUGUUUUAAUUGAUUGAUAACUUAACGCAAAUUAACUUCGGCGUCCAUAUUGAUGGGACUUCAAAAAGACACCCUUUCUUAUUAACUGUUACU